AUGGCCACUCGACCCCGCCUUAACGAUCCUUUGCUGUUAAUUGGGAAGAACUACAUCAACGGUGAAUGGACAGAAUCGACUUCUGGAAAGACCUUUGAAGUGACAGCCACUCUUAUUACUUGGGAGAAUGGCAAGGCGAAAUUAGAUGCCGCUGGUGAAGUCCAGUUUGCGGCUAGUUUCUUUGAAUGGUUCUCCGAAGAAGCUGUGCGUGUGUACGGCGACGUGAUUCCCCAUAGUAAUACCGCUAUGAGGGUGUCUGUGAUGAAGGAGCCUAUCGGGGUUUGUGGACUAAUUACUCCGUGGAACUUCCUAGCAGCUAUGAUUACCAGAAAACUCGGUCCCGCCCUAGUAGCCGGUUGUACAGUAGUUACAAAGACAGCCGGCGAAACCCCCUUCACCGCUAACGCCCUGUUCCUCCUCGGCGAAAGAGCCGGUGUUCCAAAAGGCGUCAUCAACCUCGUCUGCGCUCUUAAUAAUACACCUGAGAUAGGAGCCACCAUCUGUGCCUCCUCCAUCGUUCGCAAGAUCUCCUUCACCGGCUCAACCCGAGUCGGCAAGUUGCUAAUGCAGCUCUCAAGUCCGACUUUGAAGAAGCUGAGCUUGGAGCUGGGAGGCAACGCUCCUUUUAUUAUUUUUUAUGAUGCAGAUUUGGAUCUUGCGCUUGCGGGGGUAGCUGCAAGCAAGUUCAAAUCUUCAGGGCAGACUUGUGUAUGUGCAAAUCGCAUCUUUGUUCAGAGUGGUGUGUAUAAUGCAUUCAUGGCGAAGCUGAAGGAGGCGGUUGACAAGUUUAAGCUUGGGCAUGGGUUUGAGGAAGGCACCACGCAUGGACCGUUGGUGACGCCUAGUGCUGCGCAACGACUGGCUGGUCUUGUGGAAGACGCUCUCAAGGGUGGUGCCCAGCUUGUUUCUGGCGGAAAUGCACGACCAGAUCUUGGCAUUAAAGAAUCCGGGAUGGGUCGUGAAGGUAGCAAGUAUAGCAUCGAGGACUACCUUACGACCAAGACUGUCGUUACUGGCAACAUUGCUACUACUCAUAGAUCACAUCUUUAG